AUGGGAAUUAACAAUCCAGUACCGAGGGAUCUAGGCAAGGAGAGCCAGAAGGCGGCCAAGAUUCUCGCUUCGUUUGUGAAGCCCAACCAGUUAAUCAACUACGACUCUGUGAUUCCGCCGCAUGUUCUGCGCAACGCCAAGGGCCUAAUGAUCAUUACCGUGCUCAAGGCUGGCUUUCUGUUCUCCGGCCGUGCCGGUUCGGGUGUCCUUGUUGCUCGCCUUCCUGAUGGCUCGUGGUCCCCGCCUAGUGCGAUCAUGACGGGCGGCGCUGGCGUCGGCGGCCAGAUUGGUGCGGAGCUCACUGACUUUAUUUUUAUUCUGAACACCCGUGAAGCAGUCGAGACAUUCGCCCGUGGCGGCUCUCUUACCCUCGGUGGAAAUAUGUCUCUGGCCGCUGGGCCGUUGGGUCGAAACGCAGAAGCGGCUGGCGGUGUUUCUGCGUCCAAUGCCACGGCCGUGUUCUCUUACGCAAAAACUAAGGGUCUGUUUGCUGGUGUCUCUCUUGAGGGCUCCGUAAUUGUCGAGCGUCGGGAAGCCAACCGCAAGUUCUACGGAAGCAGCAGCUGUACUUCGCGAAGUAUUCUUAGCGGAAGAGUCAGGCCCCCUCGCUCAGUGGCACCGCUUUUCCAGGUGCUUGAUUCAAAGGCAUUCCGAGCCGAUUGGGACGAGGACGACUAUGGCGACAGUCUUUACGACGAUAUUCCAGAUUUUGAUACCGACUACGACAGCCGCUCGAGGUACUCUCGGGACGAUGAUUUCGAUGACGUAUAUUCAGCGCCCCGCCAACGCGAUGGCAGGCGGUACACCAAUGACUAUGAGCAGCGCUCUAGCAUGAGAGCGAGUGGAGCGGGCCGUCCAUCUGGCCGCUACAAAGAUGACGACCUGAGCGAUGAUGAUGAUGAUUAUUACACAGAUCGCCGAGAACGCAGUGCUCCGCGAAGAAGAGACUACGGAGACCGCUAUGACGACAGAGACCGCUACGCGGAUCACUCCUAUGGUAACCGUGAUCGCUAUGAUGACCGGGACCGCGACCACGACCGCAGUGACCGUGGCGACCGUGGCGACCGUGAUCGUUAUGGCAGCAGCAGCCGGGAUCGAUACGGCGACCGCAGUGACCGUGGCGACCGUGACCGUUACGGCAGCAGCCACGACCGCGACCGUGACCGAAGCGGGCCUCGAGACACCCGCGACUCUCGUCUGGACUCCCCUAGCCAAAGCCGCUCUGCCUCCGGGUCAAGCAAAGGAGGAAUCCGGGCCCGGGCCCUCUACACUUUCCGCGGCGAACAGACCGGCGACCUGUCUUUCCAAAAGGGAGACAUUAUCCACAUUGUGGAAAAAUCAGACUCAACAGACGACUGGUGGACUGGAGAAUUGGGCGGCAAACAGGGCAUUUUCCCUGCCAACUAUGUAGAAACUUAUUGA